UGGACACGGUUGGCAGGCAGCAGAAUUUUCAGAUCAGACGGGGUGUGAUCAAGAUCAAGAUGAAGAAGCACCUCGACAAGAGAAGGCAAAACAGUGAGUCGCUGGAUCUGGAGGACUUAAAGAUUCCCGAGUUUGUGUGGACGGGAGAUGGGAGGGGGCAUUCGGCUUCAGAUGGCUUCCACAUUCCAAAGUGUCCGGUGCUCGUCUUUAUCAACACCAAAAGUGGUGGGCAGCUUGGCAAAGUUCUCCUCCAGACUUGCAAGACGCUCCUGGAUUCACGCCAGUUGUUUGAUCUGAGCGAGGAAGCUCCGGACAAGGUUCUAGAUCGGAUACUCAAGCGCUUGAAAGAUUUAACAGAGGCAGGAGAUGAAGUUGCCGGAGAAAUUCGCGAGCGGUUGCGGCUUGUGGUUGCUGGAGGCGAUGGUACCGCCGGCUGGUUACUUGGAAUUAUGGGAGACUUGAGGCUCGAGAAGCCAAUUCCUAUUGCAACUAUUCCUCUUGGAACCGGCAACAAUCUCCCGUUUUCUUUCGGAUGGGGAAAGAAGAAUCCUGGAACAGAUGCCGAGUCUGUCAAACGGUUUCUAGCAGAUGUCAUGGACGCCCAUCCUUUGCAAGUCGACAGCUGGCAUCUAGCGAUGAAAAUGGAGGGAACAACUGAUCUUGGUCUCGAGGCUCCACAUUCGUUACACGUCUUCAAGAAAAGUGAAGAGAGCCGCGAAAAGCUGCAGAUCUAUCGAGGAGGAUUCUGGAAUUAUUUCAGCAUAGGAAUGGAUGCACAGGUUUCUUACGAAUUUCAUGAGCAGAGGCAGAAGCACCCUGAAAAGUUCAGUAACCAGAUGCGAAAUCAAUGCACGUAUGCAAAACUUGGCUGUACGCAAGGCUGGUUCUGCCCUUCUUGUAGGCGCCGUGCUUCAUCAAAGAACAUUAACGACCUUGCAACUGUAUACGUGCUCGAUAAAGGAAAGUGGACGGAGUUAAAGAUCUCGUCAAGCAUACGAGCGCUUGUGCUGCUGAACUUGCCGAGCUUUUCUGGAGGCUUGGAUCCCUGGGGAAAUCCGGACGACAAGUUAUCCCACGAGCGGGGUCUGACAGUUCCAAGGGUCGACGAUGGCCUGCUAGAGAUUGUGGGAUUCAGGGACGCCUGGCAUGGCCUCUUCCUUCUGUUUCCACACGGGCACGGGACACGUCUCGCACAGGCCAACCGGGUGAAGAUAGUCUUUCAGGCUGGCUCCACGAGCAGCCACACUUACAUGCGAAUGGAUGGCGAGCCGUGGAAACAACCCCUGCCGGAAUCCCACCACGGAAACCCCACGGAGAUUGAAAUCUCGCACCACGGCCAGGCCGUGAUGCUGGCAAAGGAAGGCUGCAUUGCCGAGGCCAAGGACGAGUACCAGCACGUAAUCUCCUUCACCAGGCAUGGGGUGGAGCACGGCCUUCGUCACAAGCCGGUGGCUCCUCAAGACGACAGUAGCGGUUCCGAUGAUGACGAGACGAAGCGAAAGUUUGGAGCAGCCUCCACAUUCCGGGCCUAGGCAAGGCAAGCGGCAGCAGCCUGUGAUGCUCCAAGCGGCUGCCACUCGGAGCCAUGUCCGUGUCCGGUGAUACCUUUGUAAGUAUUGGACAGCAGCACAUAAGUCGAGGAGCUCACCGUGUCCGACUUGAGAACGUUCCGUGCGGCUCGGGCCCCGAGCUUGGAGUCCCCGUGGAUCCGACAGGCUGCCAGCAAGAUCGUCCACACGACACAGUCGGGCUUGUAAGGCAUGUUGUCGAUGAGCUCCUCGGCUUCCUGGAGCAGCUUGGCUCGGCCCAGGAGAUCGAUGAUGCAGGCGUAGUGGAACUCGGUGGGAGCAACUUGGAAGUUUUCAGUCAUGGAGAGGAAGCACUCCCGGCCGUGUUUGAGCAGACCAGCGUGGCUGAGACCCGUGAGCGUGACGACGAAAGUGGUCUCGUUAGGUCUCACUCCUGCCAGGCUCAUCUCUCGGAAAACUUGGGCUCCAUAGCCACUGCUGUUGUGAGCAUAAGCCGCGAUUAUCACAUUCCACGCCGUGAGAUCCUGCGCGGGCAUUCUCUGGAAGAAAAACUUCGCUUGAUCGACAUGCCCGGAUUGAGCAUACGCUGCAAGGAUCGCGGUCCACGCCACCAUAUCCUGCUCCGGCAUCAAGCCAAAGAUUGCAAGCGCUUGUUCCAUUCGAUCGCGGUAGUGCUGGUUGUUUGCGCUUGUCAUUGUAUACGAAACCAUGAGAGCGUUCCAGGA